CGAGCCAUACUUUCGAACAGAAUUUCGUUGUAAUUGAUGUUCGUGUUUUUUGAUCGUUGAGUUUCUUUUAUCAGACGUAAACACCAACAUACACACGUGCAUUGAAUACCGGGAUAAAAGUAUUAAUUUUUACAAUUAAUUACUGUAAAAAUAAAGAUGUCCUUCAGAGGAGGCGGUGGUUUCAAGAGUCGCAACGGACCCCCUAGAGGAGGCGGUGGAGGUUUUGGACGAGGCGGAGGUGGUCGUGGAGGCCGAGGAGGUGGUGGCGGUCGAGGAGGCUUUAAUAGAUUUCAAAACGACGAACCUCCAGAACAAGUGGUACCUUUCGCACAUUUUAGCCAUCCUUGCGGAAACGAUCUAGUACUUAAAGUUGAAAUGGAAGACGUACCUUACUUCAAUGCUCACGUAUUUUUAGAAAACAAAGAAUCGAUUGGUAAAAUCGACGAAAUAUUCGGCAGUUUGUACGAUUACUUCGUUUCGGUGAAGCUAACGAAUGAAAUGAAAGCUACCUCUUUUAAAGUUAAUGAUAAGUUCUUCAUCGAUCCCAGCAAAGUGUUACCACUGAAAAGAUUUCUACCUCAAGCACCCGGUCAAAAAGGCGAAAGAAAGCCAGGUGGAGGCGGUCGAGGUGGUGGCCGUGGCGGUGGCGGCAGAGGAGGUAGAGGCGGCGGCGGUCGUGGCGGCGGAUUUGGUGGUCGAGGAGGCGGUGGAGGAUUUGGCCGAGGAGGCGGCGGCGGUCGUGGUGGCGGAUUUGGUGGCCGUGGAGGCGGUGGUGGAUUUGGCCGAGGAGGCGGCGGCGGAGGACGUUUCAGCGGCGGUGGCGGUAGAGGUUUUAAUCGAUGAUGAGCUUUCAAAAUUUGGUUCUAUUUUUUUUUAUAAUUUUGAUAAUUAAUGAUGAAUUUGAUGAUCGCUGUUUCCAUUUUUUAAAAGUUUUCAUGUACAUGUCGACCAUGUAUCGAGAUAUUUUCUUGUCUUUUUUUAAAUAAGUAUUUGAAUAAACAUCUUGUUAAUUUUGA